GUCUGUUCGAGCCAGAGACCUGUCAGGAAAUGUGUCAAGAAGCCUUAUUUAUUGCCGAGAGUCGGUGCAGCGAGAGAACAUGAGCCAUGACUGAGAAACCAUACAGGGCUUUAAUGAAAUGUAACCUGUUAAAUCCCACAGAUGAGAACCAUGGCAGUGACAGGAUGGGUCUAUUUGUUGACUGCACUGUUGUAUCUGAGAUUUUCUGUGGCGCACGACCACAGCGGGGAGACAGACACCUACCAUGUGAGUGCUGGCUACCUAUUUUUGCUGAGAUGUCUCACUGCUGAUGCUCACACCAAUGUGACCUGGAGCAGAGCAGGGAUGCACAACUUAAGCCUGCCCAGUGGUGUGGAAGUCAGGAAUGGGUCACUGUGGUUUCUACCUGUACAGACUUCCCAUAAUGGAACCUACACCUGUGAGAAAAGGGACGAGACUGGAUUGUCAAAGAUAACAUUUGGGGUGUCGGUGUCCACUGGAGAGUGUCCUGAUACACCUGAGACCAUAUCCAUCACCCAGGAAGUCAGAGGAAGUCUUCCCUGCAAACAGACAGAGAUCUUCAGAUUGAAUAACACAAGGACCAUACGAUGGAUGAAGGACUGCCACGCAGUGGAGCCCAUCUUGGUGGAUGACAUUGGCAACAUGAGGCUGCCUCCAGUCUCAGAGAAGGAUGCUGGGAUAUACACAUGCCUGGUAGACAUUAGCUUAGAUGGCAGGAAGUACACUGCUGCACGCAGCAUCCAGCUGACUAUUAACAACGAUGAGUUUAUCAAACCCCCUAUGAUGGCGUACCCUCAAGAGGAAGUGAUUGUGGUCGAAGUGGGUAUGAGAGCAGAGCUGAAGUGUAUAGCCUACGUAGGCAACAGCGAGGACAGUCAGACUUCCAUGUACUGGCUUGUUGACGGGAUCUUUGCUGACGAGUACGAAGGACUCGAGGAGUCCUGGUCAUAUUUUCACGCUGAUGGCAAGGUGUAUGGUCAGUCCAUUCUGUCCAUCUCCAAAGUUCGUUGUCAGUUCCUGAAUGUCCCCAUUCAUUGCCAUGUAUGCAACCCAGUUGGAGCGGUAUCCGGCUUGAUGACGCUUCGAGAAGCUGACCACAGUGCCUUCUACACCAGUGUUGCUCUCUGCCUCGUUGCCUCCUUGGCGACUCUAGCCUUGGCUGCAGCCUUCCUCUUCUUUAAAGUAGAUGUGGUUUUGGCGUACAGGAGACUGUUGAGACAUUUUUCCAAACAAGCUUCAGAUGGGAAGCUCUACGAUGGCUACGUGAGCUUCUUCCAUCCUGACACCCUGAGUUCAGCUGAGACGGCGAGCUUUGCUCUGCAGAUGCUGCCUGAGGAGCUGGAGAAAAAACAUGGCUACUCCCUGUACAUCAGAGGACGGGACAAUUGCCCUGGAGAUGCUGUGCAUGACGCCAUUGCUGCUACACUGCACCAAUGCCGCAGACUGAUAAUCAUACUGUCACUGGCGCCAAGAUCCUGUGCUGAUGGCAAAGAAGUGGAAGCUUCACCCUUAUGUGACGACCAAAACCAGCUGUGCUAUGAACAGAAAAUCGGCAUUUAUGAUGCUUUGACCAAGAACGAGCCCCGAGUGAUUCUGGUGGAAAUUGAUGGCCCAGUGGAUUACAGUCACCUGCCAGAGUCUCUUCACUACAUCAAGAGGAAACAAGGAGCUCUGAAGUGGAAGAAAUCGUCUCCUGGAACCAACAAACUCACCAAAUUGCGCUCAAACAGAAACUUCUGGAAGAAUCUGAGGUACCACAUGCCCUCAAUCCCUGCAGGGAAAUUUCAAACUAUUGUCUAAACCAAGUGGAAAAACUUGAAUUUUUACAGACGGGAUCAAACACAGAUGUUUUGUUUGUUACAUAAGGACAUUUCAGACAACAUUGUGAAAACAUGUCUGUCAUUAAUUAUCAUCUGAAUUAUGUGACGCUAGAAUUACUGUAAACUAACAGCUAUUGGCCCAUUGGCAGCCUGCACAAUGACUUUUUCUCACUGCGUGCAAUCGAGUUGGAAAGACAUCUGCUGGAUUUCUUCUUCUUGGUACACAACAGGAACUACUUUUUCCCUGCUCUCCAGAACAAAGGGGUCCAGUAUCAUUUACUCAUUUUGAAUUUUAGCCUAUUUAUAUACUGGUAUAUUUUCUUUUUGCAUAUUUUAGGCUGUUGCAGUUUGGUAAUUGCCGCAGUCACUAUUUGAUCUUUGUAUUUUUUGUAGUAUUUCCUUUAAUCUUUUCUUCCUCUCUGUCUUAUGAAAGCAACAAAAUGGGUCAGAGAAAGAGAGAAAACAUUUCAAGAGCAGCUUAACUCUGUUUUCAUUAGUUAGAUAAUGAUCAGAACAAAAUGAAGUGCAGAUAUCCUCGUGGUUAUGGAGCGGAAGAACAUAGAUGGUGUUCUUUAGCACAUAGCCAGCUUCCUCUCUCUCCUUUUAUUCCAGCAGAAAACAUAUUGCAUUCAGGGUUUCCAGCAUGAAACCUGGAAUUAAUGAUUUAACCUCAUUUCUAUUCUGAAACCAUCCCUGAUAAGUGUGUGACGUUUUGUUCUCUUAUAGAAGUCCUAGGGACUUGGUGAAAUAUUUUGCUCAUGUGAUUGAUGAUCAUACAUACUUGAUCAUUAGUGUUGGGUAUUAUUUAGAUUGUAUCGCUUUUAAUUUCACUUCCAAUAUUGCUUAUUGGUUCUGGAUUUUUAUCAAAUCGUGGCUCUGAUAAUUGGAACAAGAUUUGAGUAGUAAGCAAAAACAUAAAAACAUUUGUCUGUUAAGCAUAUUUAUGGUGCUAGGAACAUUUCUGUUGUAACUGUUGGAGUGUAUUUUGUGAUUAUUUUGCUCCAAAGGCAAAAUAACUUUUUUAUUAACACUGUUGAAAACUGGAAUAUGACAGAUUGCCUGGGAACAAGAUAUUAUGGAUUACCAUGGCCAGUGAUAUAUCAGAUAAGCUUUAGCUGUAAUAACUGUAGUAACGUAUUACACAAAUACAUACUAAUCCUAGUUUCCAGAAAAGGAGGUUUUCAAUGAGACUGGUUGACUGACUAAUCUAACUUGGAAUCUCCCCUCUGUAGACUCAUAAGCCGUGUCCUGUUUGGGAACAUGUCGAGUUCAACCUCUGAUGGGGAAAAACCCUCUAAGAGUUAUGUUGUGUUGUACCUCAUGCCGUCGCUAUAAACAGCGUUACAUUCACUCAUUAUAUUAAUGAGUCCUGACAUUUAUUUUGCGGAAAAGUUCAUCAUUUGGGGUAAUUUACUUAUUGUUUUUCUCUGAGGGCGUGAGAGGAGGAGAUUGAAACCAAAUUCAUGUCUGUGUGUUAAAUUACUGAGCUGGAGGUGCCUUGCUUAGCUUAGAGACUGGAGCUAGUCCAAAAUUAAAAAGUCUACCCCCACCUGUAAAGCUAAUUGGCAUGCUGUAUAUCACCUGUACACAGACAGAAACAUAAAAAUUAUGAUUUGCUGUUUUAUUCAGGGAGUUAUGUUGUCUUGAGACAGGGCCAGAUUUGCCAUUUCCCAUGCUUCCAGUCUUUAUGCUAAGCUAAAAUAACCUCUCUGAAAGAAAGCAAAUAUGCAUAUUUCACAUAAUGUUGGAACUAUUGCACAAAUUAGUUGUGCAGCCCAGCUUGGAUCACAAUCCAUGGAAACAUUUGUGCUAUCAAAUAGAAACUAUUGAUUCAAAACACAAAUGUUUUUAAGUGAUUUUAAUAUUCUGUAAGACGUGUUGGCUUGUGGAGACAAAGAUUUACAUUAUUGUUGCGUGUUGUGCAGUACUCUUUUACUUGGUAAAACUCCACCACACUGCAACCUCAUCAGAGAUCUAAUCAGCCAUGCAGGCUAAUAGAUUUGUGCAGGUGUGCAGGGCAUUAAAUCACAGGCGUAAAGCACAGCAAAACACACUCUAUGCUGGGGAAAUAUACAGUAUCGCCAUUGUCUUGCCCUACUGUAAAUACACCAUUGUAACAUUGUGUUAUUUUCUAUGAAAAAGAGAGUAUUUUACUUAGCGCAGUUCUUAUUUAAAGAAAAAAGUAUAUAUAUAUAUAUAUGUGUGUGUGUGUGUGUUUAGGUUGUUUUUGUUACACCAUUCAGAUUGCAACAGCAUUUGUGAUGUAGUAAAACAAUCACUUUUACUAUUUCAAAGGCAAAACUGUACAGACUAUCAGUACAGCAGCACAGGGUACAACAUAAUUGAUUUCAUGACAGAGCAUGGACUCAUUCUACUCCACUAGUCCUCUUCUAUGUGACUUGUUGUAAUGUGCCACAGAAAGCUUAGUCUCUCACCUACUGCUGAGUGCAAUGCGUGUCUUACUCUGAAACAAAACAACUAAAUGUUUUAUAAAUGUUGUCAUAAAAACUCUGUAUAAAAUAAUUGUGUCCUGAGAUUGCAUCAAAUUUGAGGUA